UACAACGUCGAAAUGAGUCCCAACUGCCAAAAUGUGGGCAGCACAAAUGCCGAUAUCGCAGGCUUGGGGGUAAGUUUCCAUCUCGAGCGGGCCGAGCACGAGAGCCGACAACUGAGCAAUUAGAUUGUCAUUGCUUUCGCAUUUCAAGCUGGAGUCUCGCUCAUUCUGUCCAUCAUGUCGUUAUUUCUCUGGAAGCCAGCCAUGGAAUCACUUUUCAAUACCGCAGAGGCCAAUCCAUUUGACCUCCCGAUGAUAUACCUGUUGAAGGAUUUUGCCGCACUCUGUGACAGUUUCGAAAGGCUACAACCUCUUGGACAAACAAUCAACACUUUUUUUCAGAGAUUUAGCGCCUUGUGGGAGCAAACUCAUGAUACACCCAUGCGACGCAUGUUUUCAGAUUUACACCGAAGACAUGGAUCCUAUUGGGCCCUUCAGAAAGGCAUAAUUGAUGGAAUACUCCUCACCAUCAGUGAUACUCAAACAAUAAACGGUCUUGGAUUACUUAUCGCUGGGCUUAUUCAGUCCAAGUCUUUGACUUUGUAUCACAUGCACAUCAUAUAUGACACGGUCAAUUUCACUGCAGUCUCCAUUUGCGCUAGCCUGAUCAAUGUCUAUGGCCAAGACCGCGAACACGGAUUCAUACGCUUUUGCUCACUCAUCGCCUUCACCGCUUGCUAUUUCUCAUACGCGGUUGUCUUCGGGGUGAGACUCAACGAAUGGAGCGACAGCAUCCCUGGUCAUUGCUACAACGCAAAGUUCAUCGCCUAUCCGGGUAAUUCCCAUCCUAAAGUCGACCUCGCAUACCUGGGCGUAACCUGCUUCUACUGCCUCGCGGCCCUUUUGGGUUGCGUUGGCUGCCACGAUACCAUUUCAGCGACUUUUGCUACUACGGCCCUACCUCUUGGCAAUACGACGUUCGGGAUCUCUGGGCUGACGAACAUAGUUCGGAGCGUCACGACUCAGAAUGAAGUAGCGGAGUUUGCUCCAGUUAUAGUCAUUCUGGCCAUGGCGCAGUAUCCGCUCCAUCUUUACAUGGUUAUUGCAUUGAGAACAGCGAAUGAAGGUCGCCUGAACGGUGACUCUGAGAACGCAUGGGGCUUUGGGCAGAUUGUCGCCUUGGUUACUGCCGUCUCAACGAUACUAGAGUGUAUCAAAGGAAUAUCUGGUACGUCGGAUUACCUCAAAAACAGCUCGAUCUGCUGCCUGCUAAUCGUCUUGUAUGAUUAGAGUAUCGUUCACAAGUGUCUAAACUGAAAAGGGAGGCUGAUGCCACACCACGAGCAGAGAAUGAAGAAAUCCAAGACGCGGGUGAGUAGCCUUUCAGCACUGCGAAAAAGAGUAUAUAGUACAAAUGGGAACGUGAGUAGAGAUCCGAGGAGAUAAUGUAAAGUCACAUAGUAGAGUUCUGUCAGAGCAGUAAUCCGACCGUGAUUAACUCUUGUUACAGAGACCUGGAAGUUAUAAUGAUGAAAACUGGUAAGAG